GCAGAAUCACGAGGAUAAGGAGUGGAAGUUUGCUCGGGCCAAACUAUGGCUAAGCUACUUCGAUGAUAAGUGCACCAUGCCUCCCCCGUUCAACAUCCUCCCCUCCCCAAAAACUGUCGUGUACCUGGUGACCAGCAUGAGUAAGUGGAUCUGCUCACACACGUCAAAGGGAAAGGUGAAGAGACAGAACAGCCUCAAGGAGUGGAAGAACCUGAAGCAGAAGCAUGAUGAGAACUACCAGAAGAUCAUGUGCUGUCUGGUUCACCGCUACCUGACCUCCACACGGCAGAAGAUGCAGAGCACAGACCAGGCCACGGUGGAAAACCUCAACGACCUGCGCCAAGACCUGUCCAAGUUUCGCAACGAGAUGAGGGACCUGCUGGGCUUCCGGACCUCCAAAUACGCCAUGUUCUACCCCAGGAGCUAAAGAACAAGACUCGAUAUAUAUAUCUCCCCCUUCCCCUUUCGACACAACCUCUGCUUCUCGUUUAUCUGAGAUGCUGUGUGACCCGAGCAUGUGCAAAAAAAAACUCUGCUCUUUUGAGUCACAGAGCCGACUUUUAAACCCGGACCUUAACUAGAAAUAUAUAUAUAUUCUCCACACAAGCCUCCAGACUCAGGCCCCAUAUGUAUUAUUCAGCUAUUCAACCUUUUUGUAAAUAAAGGAAGCCAUUGUUUUAAACAGGAAGACGCUUGAAUGGCGUAAAGAGGUGGUUUUGAUGAAUACAAAUUCUGCUUUUCAGAUUUGUUUCUGUCCUUUGAAACUGAUCUUUUUGCAACUCAGAGAAAGCCAGAAAAAUGUCAAAAGUUCAGCAGGUGAGUCGCAUUACACCUAGCAUUAGCUGACUCACACACUGUUUGUUUUACUGCUGAACGUUUUUGUACAGACAGACGGACAAAGGGAACAUGUUUAAGGGAGUUUUAUUUGGGAAGAUGAAAACAAUAAAAUAUAAAUAAUAUUCACAGACUUUUUCAUAUGAAAAUAUUUCUCAUUUCAUUCCACUGCCUUUUAAAAACAAGCUAAUGCUGAUUGAAUCCGUAAACAUAUUAAAAGGAAAAGAGCUUUAGCUAGGAAAGGUCCACAUAAAUCCAGCAUUUCCAAAAGAAUCAUUUAAAUAUAUUAAAUAUUGCACUUUUUAUUAAUCGCCCCUUUUAAAAACGUCCUAAAUUCGUGCCCAUUACAGAUGAACACAGACUAUUGACUGCAGGUGUGAUCGAAACUACGACAAAUCCCCUUUGGAUAUGAAUCAGGCUUGUGAAGUGUUAAGACUAUAUUUGUUUAAAGCAUACUCAAUUAUAAAUCCCCACAGCUUAAAGGGGAAACUGGAAAGUAGGAUGUAGAAACUGACACUUUGGAACAAUCUGAUUAACGUUUGAUUUACAAAACAUGUGAUCUGCUUUACUUCUCCUAUUCUGGGCUCCUUUUGCUAGCUGUAAUCCCUGCUAGGGGUAUGACAGGAAUGUGAGUGGCGGAGUGAGAAUUGGCUGUGGAGAGGCAUGGAAACUUCUUGUUGCCAAAUGUUGUAAAACAGACCGAUGGGUUUAUUUAAUAGAAGACAGUUUAGAAGUACUUAAUGCGUUCCUGUUUAUCCUUAAACCAUGCAACCCUCAGCCGGAUAGCAGAA